AUGAACUUCCUCAUCUUCUUGACCCUCGCAUGCAGCGCUCUAUCUCUAGCUGCACGCGCACCGCCCAUGCCCUUCGAAACCGCCCACGUCGUCGUCCUCGCCAACGCCAUCAAAAACACCACUACCACGAUCCACUACACCGCCACAGCUCCCACACCCACCGUCGCCCCCAACGAAGCCCUCGCCAUGGGCGCCGACGUCAAUGCCGCCACAAAGCCCACAUCCACUCGCACCGUCAAUGUCGUUGCGACAAUUCGCCCUGGAGACCCUGAACCCUUCAUCACCCUCUCCUACCACCUGUCCACCUCAGAGUUCUGCGCCGACGGCAUCACGCACAUCAAUAGCGUCUACACCAAUGGCGACUGGAUCCAGCCUUUCUACCUCGAAGAUUCAAGGGGCUUGUUGAUGGCGCACCAUGUGCCUGGGUUCCCGCCGGCGAUUGUCAUGGGUCCGUACAACUGGGAGAAGAGUGCUAUGGGCUUUGGUUAUGAGAAUGGAGAGUGGCAGUGUGAUUGGAAGGAGGAUGAGGCAGGCUUGGUUUGUGGGCAGUGUAAUGUUGGAGAUUGGAAUGAGGGAAAGUUGGAUUGUGGGAGAGAGGCGAAUGGGGCGAGUAGGCAGAAGGAGGCUGAGUGUUCGUUUGUCUUGGGAUGGCAGAGCCAGUUGCUUGCUGCUGCAGGACCUCUUCCGGGAGGUGGUGAGAUGGGUGUUUGA